AUUGAAUUAUAUUGAUGCAUAGGGUGCAAAAGAUUUAGGCACAGGAAUAGCCUAGUGCAAGAAUAUCACAACUUUAACUCUUGAUUUAUACUAAUUAAGCCCGCUUGUCAUUUACUAACUAACUUGCUUAUUUACUUACUAACCAAAUAAAAUAUAACGAAUUUCUUUUCUUACUCAUCACAACACAACUAAAAUACUAACGAAAACCAUCGUUUUUUUACCAUCCUUUCUCCUCCAUAUUUAUUUAUUUAAUUCGUUAUUUAUUCUAAUAAUUAAAGUUAGAAUAAUAUUGGUGAUGAGGGUGCAAAAGAUUUAGGCACAGGAAUAGCCUAGUGCAAGAAUAUCACAACUUUAACUCUUUAUUUAUACUUGUCAUUUACUAACUAACUUGCUUAUUUACUUACUAACCAAAUAAAAUAUAACGAAUUUCUUUACUUACUCAUCACAACACAACUAAAAUACUAAUGAAAGCCAUUAUUUUUUUACCAUCCUUUCUCCUCCAUAUUUAUUUAUUUAAUUCGUUAUUUAUUCUAAUAAUUAAAGUUAGAAUAAUAUUGGUGAUGAGGGUGCAAAAGAUUUAGGCACAGGAAUAGCCUAGUGCAAGAAUAUCACAACUUUAACUCUUGAUUUAUAUUAUUAGCUAAUUAAGCCAGCUUGUCAUUUACUAACUAACUUGCUUAUUUACUUACUAACCAAAUAAAAUAUAACGAAUUUCUUUACUUACUCAUCACAACACAACUAAAAUACUAACGAAAGCCAUCGUUUUUUUACAAUCCUUUCUCCUCCAUAUUUAUUUAUUUAAUUCGUUAUUUAUUCUUAUAUAUAAAGCGAGAAUAAUAUUGGUGAUGAGGGUGCAAAAGAUUUAGGCACAGGAAUAGCAUAGUGCAAGAAUAUCACAACUUUAACUCUUUAUUUAUAAAAGAAUAAUAUUGGUGCAUAGGGUGCAAAAGAUUUAGGCACAGGAAUAGCCUAGUGCAAGAAUAUCACAACUUUAACUCUUAAAUUAUAAAAGAGUAAUAUUGGUGAUGAGGGUGCAAAAGAUUUAGGCACAGGAAUAGCCUAGUGCAAGAAUAUCACAACUUUAACUCUUUAUUUAUACGAGAAUAAUAUUGGUGAUGAGGGUGCAAAAGAUUUAGGCACAGGAAUAGCCUAGUGCAAGAAUAUCACAACUUUAACUCUUGAUUUAUACGAGAAUAAUAUUGGUGAUGAGGGUGCAAAAGAUUUAGGCACAGGAAUAGCCUAGUGCAAGAAUAUCACAACUUUAACUCUUGAUUUAUAGUGGAAUUAUAUUGGUGCAUAGGGUGCAAAAGAUUUAGGCACAGGAAUAGCCUAGUGCAAGAAUAUCACAACUUUAACUCUUUAUUUAUACGAGAAUAAUAUUGGUGCAUAGGGUGCAAAAGAUUUAGGCACAGGAAUAGCCUAGUGCAAGAAUAUCACAACUUUAACUCUUAAAUUAUAAAAGAAUAAUAUUGGUGCAAAGGGUGCAAAAGAUUUAGGCACAGGAAUAGCCUAGUGCAAGAAUAUCACAACUUUAACUCUUGUUUUAUUGUAAAAUUAAAUUUAUUGA